CUCGCCUUGCAGGUAGGAGCCCGCAGGCACAAGACUCCUCCUCCUCCUCCUCCUCUACCUCUUCCUCCUCCUUCCUCUCGUCCUCCCUCCUGGGAUUAACAGAAACCUGUGGAGCUGCCACCCCCCCGGAGUUCACCUCCCAUGCCCCUUGCCCAGCAGCAGCAGCAGCAUGAAGAAAUCCUCUUACUCAGGGAUCACGAGGCGCUCCGGCGGAUCCCUUCGGAGCCUCGGGGACAUGACAGGACAAGCCCUGAAGAGGUCCUUUGAGGUCGAGGAGGUCGAGGCCCCCAACUCGUCCAGCCUGCCGCGGCGGCCCCAGCCCCCCCUGCUGCGCACGGCCGUCGCCAGCUCCACGCACAAGUUCCAGGACCCGGGCGCCAAGCCCCCCGCCGAGCCCCUCGGCCGCCAUGUGGACGUCCCCCAUCAGAGGUCCCCCAAGGCUGCGCUGAGGCGGGUGGAGCCCCCCGGGCCCAAGGCCGCCGAGCCCGUGUCCCGGCGGACAGAGAUCUCCAUCGACAUCUCCUCCAAGCAGGUGGAGGGCGCCGGCGGCGCUGGCCUGUCCCGCUUCGGCCUCAAGCGCGCCGAGGCGCCGGGACACCGGACGCCGGAGCCGCCUCCCCGCAGGACGGAGAUCACCCUCGUCAAGGCUGCGGAGCCGCCGGGCCCGCGCAGGGUGGACGCCCCGGCCUCCAAGAUCCCCGAGCCCCUGGCCCUGUCGCGCAAGCCCGAGGCUGCCGACGGGGCCGCCAGGAGGGCCGAGGCCCCGGCCCCGGCCCUGAAGCCGUCACCCCCGCCGCCGGAGGGCCCCGCCCCGCCCGGACGGACGGCGGAGAACUCGGACCCCGGCCCUACCGUGCCAUCUCAGCCCGAACCCAAGCCCCAGGCGCCCGUGGAGCCCGAGGCGCUGCCCAGGCGUCACGAGGCGGCCGAGGCAGCGCCCAGCUACGUGAGCAGCAUGGCAGACACCCCCAGAGAUGCCGGCCCCAAGCAGGCCCCCCCGGUGCGCACCGAGAAAACCACCCUGGACUUCGGCUACGUGGGGAUCGACGCCAUCCUGGAGCAGAUGAGGAGGAAAGCCAUGAAGCAGGGGUUCGAAUUCAACAUCAUGGUGGUCGGGCAGAGCGGCCUGGGGAAGUCCACGCUGAUCAACACCCUGUUCAAGUCCAAAGUCAGCCGGAAGUCGGUGCAGCCCUCGCCCGAGGAGCGGAUCCCCAAAACGAUCGAGAUCAAGUCCAUCACCCAUGAUAUCGAGGAGAAGGGCGUCCGCAUGAAGCUGACGGUGAUUGACACGCCGGGGUUUGGGGACCACAUCAACAAUGAGAACUGCUGGCAGCCAAUCAUGCGGUUCAUCAACGACCAGUACGAGAAAUACCUGCAGGAGGAGAUCAACAUCAACCGGAAGAAGAGGAUCCCGGACACCCGGGUCCACUGCUGCCUCUACUUCAUCCCAGCCACCGGCCACUCACUGCGGCCGCUGGACAUCGAGUUCAUGAGGCGCCUGAGCAAAGUGGUCAACAUCGUGCCGGUGAUCGCCAAAGCCGACACGCUGACGCUGGAGGAGAGGGACUACUUCAAACAGCGGAUCACGGCGGAUCUGCUGUCCAACGGCAUCGACGUGUACCCCCAGAAGGAGUUCGAUGAGGACUCGGAGGACAGGAUAGUGAACGAGAAAUUCAGGGAGAUGAUCCCGUUUGCGGUGGUCGGCAGUGACCACGAGUACCAGGUGAACGGGAAGAGGGUUCUCGGCAGGAAGACCAAAUGGGGCACCAUCGAAGUUGAAAAUACAACACACUGUGAGUUUGCCUACCUGCGGGACCUCCUCAUCAGGACACACAUGCAGAACAUUAAGGACAUCACCAGUAGCAUCCACUUCGAAGCCUACCGGGUCAAGCGUCUGAACGAAAGCAACAGCGGCAGCGGCGGCGCGCUUUCCAACGGCGUGGAAGGGAAGAUGGUGGCCCACGAGAUGUAGAAGCCCCCCCCCCCCGUCCCAUCUUCCGUGAUUCCCCCCGCCCCUCCCCACCCCAUCCCACUCCUUCCACGCUGCCAAUGUUCCCUUGACCAAAUGACAAGACCCCACGUCCCAUCGUGGAGUGAUAGUUAAGCCCACGGCGGGCACCUGCUGGUGCUCCCCCGCCCCUGGGCCCAGGCUAGGGGACAGGGGAGCGGGCUCAGGGUCCGUCCGCCUGGCCCGGGCUGCCUGAACCCACCGGCCCUGGGGCGCCCAGACCUCUCGGAGGGACCCCCUCGCCUGCUCUCCCCCCACCCCACCAGCUCAUUUCAAAGCCCACUUCUCCCCCACACCCCCUCCCCGCUUUCCGCUCCGUGACCAAGGGGGUCGGGGGUGGGACUGUCCGUCCUGGCCGUUGCUCGUGUUCCACGUCGGAUCUCUGUCGACCCUCCCGUCUAGGGACGUGUGCUCAGUGCCAAAUAGCCUCAGGUGUGUGUGUGUCUGCGUGUGGGCAUAUGUGUGCAGGUGUGAGUGGGUGGGUUGGCACGAAUGAGUGGGUCCAGCUGGCGCCGUGUGUGUUGGCACGUAUCCCGUCCUCCAUCCGCCUCAGACCGGGACUUCUUAGGGACUGCAAUUUUCAGGUAUGUAUUGUCGAAUGUCAUGUUUUCUCUCUCUCCCCUCUGCGUAAACAGCCCCCCUAGACAAAGUAACCCAAAGACGGGUCCAUCCAGCCCCCAGGCCUCCCCACCCUGACCACAGAAGCCGGCCGCCUGCGGCUCCGGGGGGAGAAGUGCCUUAACUCAGCCAGUCAGCACGGCUUUGUGCUGUGUUUCGCAGGAAUCCCGUGGAGACUUCCUCCCCACACCCCCAUCCCGAGGGCCCCCUGGGUGGGAUCCCGCCUAGAUCUCCGGCCCCCGAGGAAGCAGGGCUGUGGGCAGGGGACUAGGGGGGCUGGGACCCGGGGAGAGGUAGUACGACUUUUGAACCAGGUAGUCCGGCAGCGAUCGUCGGAACCAGGGAUCUGGUCCCUGACCUGGGCCGUUGUGCCGUUGACCUGUAUUCGGUGGUGACCCGUCCCUCUCUCCGCUCCUUCUCCCAUUCUAUGCACUCAAACGUAUGCCACCCACGUGCGUCCACACAAAACAACACGCCUCCCAGCUCUCCAUGCUCCCUUCGGCGGCCCACCCCUCAUCCCAGGUCCAAAUGCCUCCUCCAGCACCCCAACUUCUAUCUUUAGGGAAAAGUCUUUUCUGGAGCUGGGUUAAAAGUGGAGAUGUGACCCCUAGAUUUCUGCAGGAAAGGUUUCUACGUGCGGGGUGCGGAUUCUGUUUUCAAAUCUGAGAGCCAAAGUUGGGGGGUGGAGGUGUUCCCUUGAUCUUCCCCUGUAAGGAGACACCCCACCCUCCAAAUCUUUCCCCUCCUGGCUGAGUUCUUUUUCUCCACACUCUUGGAAGAGGACGGGGAAGUGUCCUGUGCCCUCCCACCCAAGGCCCUCUGAGAAAAGGCCAGGGUCAGGAAGUGACCCACCAGUUUGUAGGGGAAAACGGGGCCGGCGGUGUGGUGUGGUGUGGGGAUGGGCACGAACUCUUCAAAGAUCUGGCCGGAAAGGUCUCCUUCCUGCUUACUCCGGUAGUGGAGACGUGUAGCAGCCCUGGUUUUGAAGCUCAAGGAGCCCAGCUGUGCCCAGUUCCUGCCCCGUGGGGUGUAUGUUUGUGUGUAUGCGUGCGUCUGCGUGCACGCCGCGCGUGUGUCUGUCCAGCCAUGUGCGCACGUGUCUGUCUAGGGCGAUGGUCCAAAUUCCAUUUGUAACUCUUCCUCCUUCCUGAGAAGUGUCAGAGUCCUUUCCGAACUGUAAGUUGAGGAAAUCUAUUUACUUGCUGACUUGCUAUGUUGUAGCAAAAAAAAAUAGCGUAUGAACUGAAACGUCGACUUCGGUUUUCGAGGUCGGGGAGGGGGGCGGGGGGCGGGGGCGGGGGGAGACGGGGUCCCGUUUUCAUGCACGGCAACAAUGCAGCCCCGGGCCAAAGCCGCAGGGCCAAGCGGGAAGCUGGGCUUUUCUUCUCUGUAAUCGAAUUUGGGGGAAAAUGGUUGAAAUUUCACUGAGAUCUAUCCGAAAGGCCUUUGAGGUUAUGGUAUACGCAUCAUGACAAACUAGUCUUUUUUUUGUAUAAAUAAUAAAGUGUUUAAUAUGUAUUUCCCGAAAUAAAUGUUUCAAAUGCCA